AUGGCUACUAACAUUUGUGCUGCAGAAAAGAAAAUGCUCAUUGGGAGUGCCUGGCAGUUCUUAGAGUUCCAGAGCAGAGCGGUUGAUAUUUUUGCCGAACAGAUAGAUAGCGACAACAACAUUUUUAUCAUAUCUGCAGCUCAGAUAAGAGAAAACGCUACAAGAAGCAUAAAUUUCUUUGAGGAGACCAUUCCACGUUACAGUUUUGAUGAAUUCCGACAGCAUUUUCGUUUGACACGACCUUCGUUUGAAAUAAUACUCACAUAUUUAGGAAGCAUGGAAGGACAGGGGCCAACCAACAAGGGGAGGAAACAAAUACCAUUAGAGAAAGAGCUACUUGUAACGUUAUGGUACUUGGGAAACUUAGAGUCAAUCCGCUCAAUUUCUGACCGCUUCAAUAUUACUAGAUCCAGUGUGUAUAAGUGCACUAGGAAAUUUUGUAGGACUAUUUUAAGUUACUUGACACCUAAAUUUAUUCGUUGGCCAACUCUUUCUGGACCUGAUAUUCUUUUAAAAGUGCGAAGUGGCUUUUCAUCAUUGCCAGGUUGUGUAGGUGUGAUUGACUCAACACAUAUUCCUAUCAAAUCACCUCAUGAGGAUGAAGGUUCGUACAUAAAUCGAAAAGGGUUUCACUCACUUAUAUUACAAGGCAUUUGUGACGAUAAGAGAAAGUUCACUGAUGUAUUCUGUGGUUGUACUGGAAGAUGUCAUGAUGCUACUGUUCUUAGAAGUGCUCCUAUUUAUGAAGAAAUUAGUAAAAAUAAAGAAAAGUAUAUUCCGGAAAUCAGUUACAUCAUUGGUGAUCAAGCCUAUCCUUUACUGAACUGGUUGAUGAAGAAAUUUCCAGAGACAGGCACCCUGUCAACUGAGAAAUGCUUGUUCAACAAAUGUUUGUCUGCAAAACGACAGUUAAUAGAGCAAACAUUUGGGAUAUUAAAGGGUCGGUUUAGAAAGCUAAAAUUUAUGGACAUCUCUAAAACCAUUGAUAUUCCUGAAAUAGUUAUUGCAGCAUGUACACUUCACAACAUCUGUUCUGAUACUGAAGAAGACUUGGCCUUUUUUUUUGGAAAUGGAUGA